UUACGUCAUAUCUUGCUUCCCAAGCACAGAACUCUCAAGUGAAACCUUGUGGCUGAUAGGAGCUAAAACAAAAAGCCACACGGUUAGACUUGCCAUCUGUGAAAAUAUUUCGAACCCGUCCAGAUUUGUCACAGAAUAUAAUGUCUUCACUUCUCAAGGUGGACAAUGAGAUCAAAACCAAGGUUGAUGCUUUCAGGGAACGGAUCACAGGAGAGGCUGAAGACUUGGUUGCAAAUUUUUUCCCCAAGAAGUUAUUAGAACUUGAUCAUUUCCUCAAGGACCCAAUCUUAAAUAUCCAUGAGCUGAAAGAUAUCCACUCGGAGAUCAACUUGACAGUUCCAGACCCCAUUCUUCUCACAAACAGCCAUGACGGGCUGGAGGCGCAAAAUGCCAAGAAGAGGAAGCUGGAAGAUUCUGCAAGUGAAGACAAUUGUCAAGUUGCUGGUACAAAGGUUUUUGUCAUGCCAGGUGGGAUGAUGAAGAGCAACAACAAGCUGGUGGAUCUUAUUGAGAAAGUCAAACCGGAGAUUAGGACGCUGAUCGAGAAAUGUAACACGGUCAAAAUGUGGGUCCAGUUGCUAAUCCCAAGGAUAGAGGAUGGCAACAACUUUGGUGUUUCAAUUCAGGAGGAGACAGUAGCAGAGUUGAGGACAGUAGAAGGGGAGGCGGCAUCUUACCUGGACCAGAUCUCUAGAUACUACAUCACGAGGGCAAAACUGGUUUCCAAAAUUGCCAAGUACCCACAUGUGGAGGACUAUCGGCGCACAGUCACUGAGAUUGAUGAGAAGGAAUACAUUAGCCUGAAGAUCAUCGUUUCAGAGCUGAGGAAUCAAUACGUUACGUUACACGACAUGAUUCUGAAGAACAUCGAGAAGAUCAAGAGGCCGCGAAGCAGCAAUGCAGACGCCCUGUACUAGGACCCCAGAAAACACCUCCUCCAUCCCCAUUCCAGCUCCAAUGCCCCAGUCCCUUCCCCUCUCCUCAUCCCCCAUUCCAGCCCCGACACCCCAGUCUCUUCACCUCUCUUCCUCCCCCAUUCCUGCCCCAGUCCCUUCCCCUCCACUCCCCUCCAGAGUGCUGUCUACAUGGCUGGUGCCCUGGAUCGGUUCUGAUGAAGUGGGCUGCUACAACCGGGUCAAAAUGGACCGUCAUGUGGCAAAGCACAUGAAAGCAUCAAGCUUUUUAUGUUAGAAUUUCAAAGAUUAUCACCAUUUUAAACCUCAUUAAGGAUACUUCACGUUCCAAGGGGCAGAGUUGGCCUUUUUCUGGCCAAAUGCACGGCCAUGUUUCAAAUGCAUCCCCCCCCCCCACCCCAGAGGAGUUCUCUCAGAAGGAAAAAAUAUAUUAAAAAACGUCUCUCUUUUUUUUUUGAUUUGUGAAACAAUACUAACAAAAAAGCAGUUGAGUCUAAAUGCUGGAUUUUCCUCUAUCAUUGGUCAAGCAGGCUUGAAUCAGACAGAAUUUUUCAGUUUGUCUACUGCAAUGCACAGAUCAGAAGCAUGUAAUGCAGUUUACUCAAUUUCGUCAGACUGAUUCAGCUGACAUUUUACUCUUUAGUCGGCAGUCUGUGAAGGGACACGGUUUUUUUUUUUUUUUUUAGUUUUUUGGAGAGAUAAUUUUUUAAGUCAAUUCAAAAGCUCUUAGUUAAUGGACACAUUUUCUCCUUUUGUUUUCUAUUGUCCUUUGGUAUUUGUGUGUGUUUUGACUGACAUUUGAUGUCUAGUACAAUUCCCAAAUAAGGAAAUCUCCCAGAAAGAAAAGGCAAAUGAAACUCCUGUUUUGAGCAAUCAGUAACUUGAAUGUAAGGCCAGAUUUUGUGGCUGUGUGGGGACAAUGUGAUGUGUGUGUAGCAAAGGAAAUGCCAACUGUUUGGAACGACAGUCCGGUUAGAAUUAAAUGGUGAGAUUUUGAUCUCGCUUCUGGAAAAGUCCUGUUCUUUCCCCCCAUUACUGGUCACACACUCACGGCAACAUUCAUUUCCUAAAAGAAGCUGCAUUGUUAAGGUCCUCAAAAGCAUGUGGUUUGUUCACAUUAUAACUAUUAUUUUACUGAAUAAAAUAUUAUUUUUAAAA